AUGGCGUUGGAUAUGGCCGACUUCCUGUUCAAAACAUCUAGUCCAGGAUACCAUGGUGUAGAAAGCAGAUGUGGCGAAUAUCAUGCCGCGCGUUCUGCUCUUCUCUCAAAACUCGCAUCCGCUUUGCUAUCCUACACGCUCGCUAUCACCUUCCGCAACCCCUACAAGUUCAAGCACAACACCUACAAGUUCAAGCACAACACCUACAAGUUCAAACACAACACCGAGACCUUCAUCACCAACGAGGGCAUGUACACCAGCCAGUUCAUCUACGCCGGAAAGAACGCUGCGCUCACCAUCGGCAGCGUCCUUCACUUGUCCCUCCUUUGCAAGGACAAAAACGUCUCCUACGUCUACGUCCUAUCCAAGAAGGCCUUAGAACUAUCCUGCAAAUAG